GCGAAUACAAAAAGUAUCUGUAGUUCACGGUGAGUAGUGUAAAGGGACAUCUCUGCCCACUGAUUAAAUGCAAAACCUAGACUUUCGAAGCGAUGGGGCUUCAGAGAGCUAAAGGUCCGUCUUGGGUUAAAAGUGCAUGCCUUAUCAAUCCUGGGCCCUGCAAAUAAAUCGGCAACGGGUGCCGCAAUUGCCCCAAAUGCCUUGCAGUCCCACUAGUGGCAAUAUCACAAAAGCCACCACUGCCAUUUUACGCUGAUUAGCUUCUAAUAUUUCCCUUCUCAUUCUAUGUCUUGGUGUCAUUUUCUUGCACAAUCGCUACCAUGCCAUCCGAUACGUCUCUCAACGCGACGGCCAAUCGGUCAAGUGCAUUUAAGGUUGCAAGCCGUAGAGAAAAGCAAGGGCCUGCUGGUAAAGAAAAUACCUGGGAUAGCGACUCAGUUAAGUUAGGGUGCAGCCAUCCUCGCAAACCUUCGAGGGUCAGUGGGGACUUGGCUGCCAUCAGCUUGAUCCUUGCAUCCUUGCCGUAUUCUAACUCUGAAGAGACAUCUAUUGCAUUAGAAGAGAUCAGUGCUCGUUUGGGGGCACGGAUGGACAACGCAGACUUUGUUCAUUAUUUCAGACCCCGAGUCGAUAAGGUGGUCCGAGGUUUGGUGAUUCCGCUCUUGGAGAAUCAGUACCCCGAUGCCUCGGUGGAGUUUAUGGAACUCUUACUACACUCGCCAUCUCUUCUCCUGGGCAUCAACGAUGAGGUUUUGAUCGAUGUGAUCCAGAAAUUGAUCCAAGGUUCUGCCUCAUGUGAUAAAUCGCGCAGAGAUGUUUCAGGUUGCAUUCAACAAGGAAUUAGACAUAUUGGUACGCAGGGCCAAUUGCGAGUUGUUGACUGGCUAUUGAGCCGGCUGCACGAAGCAUGGGGUAGAAAGGUUCUACUUGGCGAGGUGGCAGACAUCUUACUUGCAGGCCUCACAACAGAGCUUUUGGACCCCUAUGACGGUGGUAAAGAGGUGUUGAAACGAUUAGGUGUGUACCUUGAAACAAACCAACAACCACAUAACUCGCCAGAGCAGCACUACACGAUGCCAAGCGCGGAGAUUGGCUCCAUCGUCAGCCCCAGUCAUAAAAAAGAUCCCGGUACCUUCAACACCCCUAGGAACACAAUUAUCUUACGUCAAUCGGUGAAGAGUGCUCCCACGUGUAUAAAACCGUCAAAUUAUAAAUACUACUUGCAACCGCCAAAGGGGUUGAGCCCUCCAACUUGGAUCACAAUUUUCGACUACGAGCGAACAUUUGACCGAAGCCGAGUGUUUGAUGUCCAUGAACCCCAAACCCUGCUGGUAAAAAAUACCCCAAGCGAUACUGAGGCCUCCAUAUUCCGGGAAGACCAAUCCCGGUGGACGCUUUGCGGAUUUUUUGCAUCGCUCAAAGCCAAGUUGAGGCUGUUGGGCGGUGUUUUCCGGUCCGCUCGCAGCGCUAUGGGA